GGCGGCGAAGGCGCAAUCGAAAGUCAAAGCCACAAAGCCAGAAAGAAUGGGCACUCAGGAGGACGAUGAAGACGAUAUAAUAAACCCCUUCAAAGCACUCCUAACCCACGAAGAGGAACCAAGCAUCUCCGCUACCCUACACGAGGGUGCACCGAAGCAACACCUACUCCAGAAUCACAUCCUCCAUUCGAUCCAAUCAACGGUCGUCAUUCGCCAACUCCCUUCCGAGGGCCUGUCCUUUCAACUCUGGCCCGCCGCUACCUCUCUCGUCGCUCUCCUCGAUCGCCACCGCAUCGACCCUCUCAAUAGCUCCCUCUCCGCCGCCCUCUCUGCCGCUCACGACGGCCCUCUAAAGAUCCUCGAGCUCGGCUCCGGCACCGGCAUCGUCGGAAUCGUCGCCGCCGCCACUCUCGGCGGCAAUGUGACCAUCACGGACCUUCCGCACGUGGUUCCCAAUCUCCGAUUCAACGCGGAGGCCAACGCGAGCGUUGUGGGGUCCAGUGGUGGGGCCGUGACCGUUGCGUCGCUUAGGUGGGGCCACGCUGAUGACGUGGAAGCGAUUGGGCGGGGGUUCGAUCUUAUUCUGGCUUCGGAUGUAGUGUAUCACGAUCACCUUUAUGAGCCACUUAUUGAAACGCUGCGUUUAAUGAUGCUAACGAGAGGUGAGAAGAGAGAAGAGGGAAAGAAUAUGGUGUUUGUGAUGGCUCACAUGAGGAGGUGGAAGAAAGAGUCUGUGUUCUUCAAGAAAGCGAAGAAGCACUUUAACGUCGACGUUUUGCACACUGACACUCCUUGCAAUGGGUCUAGAGUUGGUGUUGUUAUUUACCGUUUUGUUGGGAAGAGUUAGGUUUCAUCAGAAUACUGUGUUUCAGUCAAGUGACAAACACAAUUACAAGAUUCAUUUGCUUGUAUUUUUGUUUUGGAAAAUGCUCCAAAAGCUCUAACCCAGCUUUUUUAUUAUAAUGUAAUAUUCUUCAUUGUUAAUUUUCUAUA